AUGAAGGAAGAAAACUGGAUACUACCGGUCACAUUAACCGUCGCUAUUGAUUUGCGUCGAUUCGCACACGGUCUGGAUUCCGUGGCCAACGAGAAGAAUGAAGGACACGUAGCGAAAUCCGGAUCCAUCACUCGGAUACACGGGCGCCGAUUGGAGACAGCUGCACAGUCAAUAUUGAAGUUGUUUCAAAUCUGUGCAAGCGAUAGCCGGACGCAGAUAGAAGACUCAAAAAAACUAGGAAUGAUGGGCCUGGCAAAUCAACUUUUCAAGAUAUACUUCCAGAUCAACAAACUAAAUCUAUGCAAGUCAAUGAUUCGGGCAAUCGAUAACCUGGGCAUGAAUGAGCGUUUCAGUUUGGCUCAACGUGUCACUUAUUGCUACUACGUUGGUCGCAAAGCCAUGUUUGAUGGGGAUUUCGUCUCAGGUUAUUGUCCCUUUUUUCCAGCGGAUAAAUCCCUGACUUUCUCAUUCGAACACUGUUUGGGCUCUGCAUUGCAUAACAAGCGACUGAUUCUCAUUUAUCUCAUCCCAGUCAAAAUGCUCUUGGGAGUAUUUCCAACCCCUGAUUUGUUGUUGAAAUACAACCUAUCCGAAUUUCUCGGUAUUUUGGAGGCAGUCAAGGCCGGUGAUUUACGCAAAAUGGAUACAGAGUUAAAUCAGCACGAAUCGUUCUUCCUCUCCUGUGGUGUGUAUCUAAUUUUGGAAAAAUUGAAAUUGAUCACCUACCGGAAUCUGUUCAAACGGGUCUGCGAAAUUAUGAAAACGCACUUGUUGCCCAUUGAGGUGUUCACCGCAUCUCUUCGUCUAAUGGGGGUGGAAGAUAUUGAUCACGACGAGACCGAGUGUAUAUUGGCCAAUUUAAUCUACGAAGGUAAAAUUAAAGGAUACCUGGCGCACCAGCAACAAAAGUUAGUCGUGAGCAAACUGCAAGCAUUUCCUCCUCUGACCGGCACAGCUCCCCCGGGAUCUCGUUGA